AUGGUGUUUGAUGAGGAGCCGCCGCACCACAAACCUUCAUCGAACCCGCUCGAAAAAUGGUCGCAGGUACAAAGCAUUUCGAAAUUUGCUCGCAAAAAUUGUUUUCAGCACGCCACAACGUCGGCGUUCGGUCUGAUGGAGUCUCUGCGUGGUCAGGGCUCGAGUUUGGCGAAAAAUUUAAAAAGUUUCGGGAAAUCGCUGGUCAAAGAUCAGAAAUCCGCGAAUUCGGGGCCUUCGACACCGGUAAGCUCCGUUUUUCGUGUUGACUUUUUGUAAACUACAUUAAAAUAUUGCAGCCCGAGCACCGAGACGACGAUAUCCGUCUGACGUGGCUCACAAAUCGGCUGGUGCUCGCCGACACGCUUCAUCAGUCGAAAGAGGGUCUGUUGAGCGCCGAAAGGGCCGUUAUUCGGGAGAUGGUCGACUGUCAGCCGUACGUGGUCGUCAAUGUCCAUGCCGAGUACGUUUUUAUUGUGAAAAUCUGAAAAUCCUGUGAAAAACAGUCCGAAAAGUGCACUUUUAUGGCGGAAAUGCCGAGAUCCAUCAAUUUUCCAGUCCACGUGAAAAUCACGUUUAGGUUUUAGCCGAAUUGCAUGAGAAUUGGCUAUUUUUUCAGUUUUUUCCAAAACAUUCCACAAAAUUCGAUUCCAGACCGCUAAAAUUGGACGGAUACGCAAAAUCGGUGCACGUGCCGCUCGGACGCAGUCCAAAAGGAGGAAUUCCCAAAUACCCGACUAUUCAGGCGCUUAUUCCGGUUAGUUCAACACAUAUAAUCUUCUUUAUUAAUAAGAAAUUGCAGAUUCUCAACGAAUAUUGUCUUCUCACCAACGAUGCGGCUAUUGUGAUUUUUGGAAAUGAUGGUAAUUUUUGGGGAACGUAAAGAUCUCUAACCGCUAUGACGACAUUGGGAGUUGUCACUGGGACCGGGGAGGGACCACUUCUCUGCUUGUCUUUUAAUGUUCCGAGGUCUCAGAAACAUUGCAAAGUCAUAUUAAAACAAGCAAUCUCCCGACACCGAGCUUCCUAGUAAUGAACCCGAUAAUUGCGGAACUAUUAUAGGGGCACCGCACAGAAAUGGCGCUCUGUUGAGAAACUCUUUCUGCAGUGCAAAUUGAGCGACCUCGGGGCCGAGUUUGAAAAUUUAGGCCACAUUUUCAGUGGAAAAUUACUUCGUGGCCUAGAAAUUCUGCCAGAUUGCGAACAGCGCGCCCUUUCUGUCCGGUGCCCCUAUAAUAGACGAUGACGGAGCCACCAUUUCUCUCAAAAUUGAGAUAAUUGUCUGAAACUAGGACAGAUAGUCAAAAAUGAAGUAAUGAGGACAUGUCAAUGGUUCUGUAGGCGCCAGCGCUCACUAUAUUUAUUCCCCUCCCUGUUAAUUCUAGAAAAUUUAAUUUACAGAAAACGUGCAAAUAACAGCGGCAUUUUGCCUGAUCGCCUCGCGUUCCAUCUCGAGAAUUGGCGAUUUCUUGCGUGAUUCGCUUCCGAAUCGAUUCGAACGUCUUCCGACCACGUAUCAUCUGUUUUCGGAGCAAACUAAGCACGUGUGCAAGUUACACACUCGGAAACAAGUCAGUUAAAAAUGCAAUAUUCAACAGUGAAAUGAAGAAACGACAAGUUCAGAUUCCUUCCAUCGGCGUUUCGAUCAAUUCCGUCGUUCUGGAACCCGGAAAUAUGCUCAUUGACGGUAAUUUUUUUUAAAGAAUGCUAAGCAUCCACAGUUUUUCCAAUUUUUCAGGCGAAUUGUACAUUGCCAUCCAACAGGGCAUCAAUGAGCUAAAAGUUUUGGAAUUUUCGGCAAAUGCGAGCCGAAAUCGUCAUGGACAAUUGGUCUUCGCGUGCGAAUCCGCCGAAGCGGUCGACGACGUCGUCAUUUUUGUGGGAAACACAAAGAGUGUGGUCAGCGCAUACAUUUUCCACAACAAAUGUUCAAAAAUCGUCUAAGAGUCUAAUCCUAAUUGGAACUAGCCAAAUCCCAGCUUAACAGUGACAAAAAUAGCUGUUGAACUGCUUGGCGAAAAACGCGAAUUUCCCAUGAAAAAUAGUGGAAUAAAUAACAAAAGAAGGACUGAAACCGGAGACAAAGUCUGUAAGAUGAAUGGAUGUUUUUCGCCACCUCCUGCAUUUGUUCGGUCCUUUCUCCGUUUGUUUUUCUGCCGACCUCAUGAAUUUUUUUCCCUUUUCCUUCAAACGCUCGUAGUUCUUCAACUGCAAAAUCGAUUUUCACGUGUCUUCCACGAAGUAGGCUGGCAGGUAUCCAAACGGCUUAGGACGGGGGUGGUGCCGUCUCGUGGUACCAAAGAAAGUGUUGAAUGGAGUGGGGACUAUUUAUGUUUUCUGGUUCAUGGUAUCACCCAGUGCAGCAUCUCCUAUUUGGAUACCUGGACUGCACACAUGUUCCAACUUUGUCCAGAAGUUUCCAAGUUCGUAAGAAAAUAUGUUUAGAAUUUUGCAAGUCUCGAAAACACGGCAAUUUUGAUGAAAAUCGCGUCCAAUUCUCAUUCAAUUGGUACGCGAAAGCCCUUCCCCAGACACACCUGUUCUCCGGUCCUCCGCCGGCUUAUUACCUCCCCCCCCCCCCUUUUCCGGUCAUUUGACCUAGUGUCUAUUUGGAAAGAGAGUAUCGAACGGCCAUUUCCAAAUGAGCGACGAGUACCUAUUGUUCCCCCAUUCGUCUCUGAAGGAAAGGCGUGUUUCCUUCCGUGUGCGUGCUUUUCUCCCCCACUCUACCUGACACAUAAUGAGCUCGCAUUUGACGAGAACGCGUUUUUACUCUAGUUUUUCACGCAAAAUGUCUAGUCUUGUAUUAUAGGGGCACCGCACAGAAAUGGCGCUCUCUAGAGAAACUCUUUUUGCAGUGCAAAUUGAGCGACCUCGGGGCCGAGUUUGAAAAGUUAAGCCACGUUUUCAGUGGAAAAUCACUUCACGGCCUAGAAAUUCGGCCAGAUUGCAAACAGCGCGCCCUUUCUGUCCAGUGCCCCUAUAAUAGCAAAAAACCGUUAUAACCGACUUGCCACCUUGCUGUUCGCCCCGAAAAUGUCGAAAUUUUCAGAAGCACCCCCUAUUGGCGGCCAAGUUCAACACUCAACUUUUGGAGUCGGAAGACACUUCGAUCGUCUUAACGCCAUCCGAAAUGGACGUUUCUCGAUUCGUCUCCUCGUCGCAGCCAGUUCAGGAUUUGAGGUGAACAUUCGAAAGGCCUUUUGUUUGUUGUUAUUUUCUCUAAAAAUCAAGAGACAAAAAGAUAGAAGACAAAAACAAACAGAAAAUUGUGGGAAAAGGUCCCACACACGGGUAUCGAAUUUCUAACUUUUUUUUUGGACUUGGAAUCGAAUUUUCGGACUCUUUUCCCAUUUCCUUCAAUUUCCGCGCCGAGAAGAGCCCAAGUUUGGGGCCUAAUUCAAUUUGAGCAAAAAGAAGAAAAGCCCGAAUUUCCACCUAAAUUAGCUUCUUUAAAUGUGAAAUCCUGAAUUUCAACCUAAAUUCUUGAUUUUGAGCUUUAUUUUUUCAUUUCGACCGCAUUUUCCGCUUCAGAAUGAUAGUAAACUUUGCCACUCGUCACAUGCCGACGCGGAAUUCGUUCAAUUUCGACCGCUACAAAUUGUUGUGCGUGCGAAACGAACGCGAGCUGGACGGAUAUCAACGGUCGUACGGAGACGUGGAUUCCGAGGACGAGUCGCCGAUUCUCAGCUCGCGGAGCACCAAAAAAGAGAGCACGAAGAGUCAGAGCAACUUUUUCGAUUCGCUCCAAUUCACUGAUCACCAUCACAAAAGCAACGAACCGACGCUUUUGGUACGUUUUUGCGCAGUGUCAUUUUGUGUUUUUUCCUAUGAAUUCGAGAUGGGCGAGGGUUGGGGAAAAGCAGAAAUUUCGCACAAAAUUUCCACGCGCAAAUCUGUUUGGCCGUCCGCAAUAUUGCGAUAUUGCUAUCCCGCAAACCGUCGGCUGCUUGGCUGGCUCGCCGCCGCCGCUGCCCUCUGCGAUCUUUCCGGCUGACAUUUUGCGAAUACUCAUUCAUCUUUUCAUUUUUUUUCCAUGAACGUGUUCUUCAUGACCAGUACUUGAAAAGAGCAACAAAAGAAACGCGAAACAAUAUCGGAGGCGCUACGAAAACUGCAAUUUUCGAUUAGCGAUUGAUUGUGCGUGAUACUCGUGAGAAUCGAAUUCAUUUCACUAUUUUACACUGCCCUUUGUUUUGAGAAAGUGUAUUGAUCACUUUGAGAUUGAAAUCAUUCGAAAAUCUGUUGUAUUUCUCCGGUGGCACGCAUCUAAAGUCUCCAACGGCAUGCGUUGGCUCACCCCAGUGUUAUAUGGGUGCGCCGAUGGGACGCACGAUUCAUUUCGGUACAAUUUUGAUGUUGUGCCAAUGAGAAACCCUUUGCCAACAUUUUCAUAAUAGAAUAAUGUAGAAUGAAUUCGAUUCUCACGAGUAGCGCGCAUAAUCAAUCGCCACUCGAACAUUUGCGAUUUUGUAGUGAUCCCGAGAUUUUUUGCAAUUGUUUUGCUGCUCUUUGCAAGUAAUGGGUAUGAUAAACACGUUUAAGAGGAAAAAUGGGAAGAUGAAUCAGUAUUAUUCCGGCGGCGUCGCAAAAUGUCAGCCGGAAAGCUCGCAGAGGGCGGCGGCGCGCCACCCUGAACCAGACGCGCAAUUGCAGACGGCCAAACGCGCUUGAAAGUUGUCGUUUGGCCUCCAAUCUCUCGAUCAUUUUCGCUGUUCGAACUAUUGUCGGAAAACUGUUCAAUUCGGCCGUUAUGACAAUUCCGACUGUAGUGGCUAUUGUGAAAACAUCUAGAAUGUUGCGUUUUCACAAGAAUUUCAAUAUUUUCAUCGUUUUUCUUGCAGAGCCACGAAGAAGAAAUGGCGACGACAGCAGACCUCCUCGACGGUUUUUCGCUUUCCGACCAGACGGAAAUCCCCCCGGUGGCCCCACCGUCCAAGUCCGAACACGAAACUCCGAUCCUCUCGGCGCCGACCCCGCUCAAUUCGGACUACGAUCAACGGAGAACGUCGCCGGCGCCCGCAAUCGACGAUCUGCUCGGAUUGGGCUCAACGGACAGUGUUCCGGUGGUCCCAAAGGUCCAAGAGAGCAAAAGUGCGGCCAAGCUGGUGGAUUUCGACUUUGGAGCACCAAUUCAGCCCAUAAACUCGGCGACUGAUCUGUGAGUGGCUCCGAAAAUGAAAAAUUAUACAAAUGCUAUUUUUACAGCUCGUCGAGCCCGAAUCCGCAGUCCUCCUGGUCCAAUUCGGACCUUCUCGGCGGAUUUUCCACUUUGAAGCCUUCGGCCACCGCGACACCGCCCAACUCGAGGGUCACAUCGGCAGCAAGUGAGUUUGCAACUUUUAAAAGUGGAAAACUAUUUUUCAUCAAUUUUCGAUUUUUAUACUUUCCGUGUUUUGCAGACUCAAAACCAGUGUCACAGGUGAACUCUCAAGCCGAUUUCGAUGCGUUCCUUUCGAAUUAUCCCGAAAAACAGCAGCAGCAGGCGCCGACCGCCCCUUCGAUGGCUCAAAAGACGUCGACGACGAGAUGUGGGGAAUUUUGACAUUUUGUGAGGGAAUUUGUAACGAAAACGGCAUUUUUUUCAGCUCAAAAUGCGUACAAACCGGCGUUUGGUGAUGCGCCGACGGGCGGAGCCAAAGUUUCGUUGGACGCGUUCAGCGAUCUGCUCAAUCAGGGGGUUAGUCGCCUGUUUUUAUUGAACAACGUUUUUGGGCUUCACGACGUUUCGCAACCGCGACGUCUUGAUACCCACGUGAACUUUGACAGCGCAAUUUAAGUAGUUAGCGUUUGUUGCGGAACGUCAUGGUUUUGAAAUGUCGGGUUGCGAAAUGUCGGGUGGCCAUUUUGUGAAGCAAAUUUUGAUCAAAUCCAGCUAGGACACAGAAAAAUGAAAAGAUUUAUUGAGAACAAGACUAUAAAUCAUAAAGGUCAAUAAUUGCGGACGACUGAAGAUGUUAUUCCAGUCUUUCUAGAAACACCAAUAUAAUUCAAGACCAACAAACGGGUGGACCUCAUUUGCACAAAAUAGACGAAAAAAUUUAGGGAACAAAUGGCAAAAAGGCGGAAAUAAUAGGUGAUUGCCUGGAUUUCUUGUGGAAACGACUCGAAAUGUUCCUGAAACAAAGUGAGGAUAAUGGCAGCCUUUCUGGAAUUCUUUACGGGAUAAAUCCUCAUGUACAAGUAGCCCAACUCGUAAACGGAUAAAUAAGCGGCAAUAAACGCCGCCUGACGAAUCAUCACAUUUUCGCGUUUCGAAUGCGAACUAGUCAUGUGAAACGGCUGAUUUCCGCAGAUUCUCGAGAAUUUCAAGUAGAAAAUGAUGGAAAAAUUGAUGCACAUUGAGAGAAUCGGCACAUAAAUCACAUAUUUGUUUUGGAUCAGAGUGAACUGGAAAGUGAAAGCUUUUUGGUCCUUAAUCAAAUGUUUGGAGCAGCUUACAGUAUGCCUUCCAGGAGCACAAGCCGCUAAAUAAGUACUAGUUAUAGAGCUGAAAUUCACGGAGCACGACGAAUAAUAGGGAAUGAGCAAAGUGAUGAGGACGAAGAUCUGGAUUUCUUUUUCUCGAUUUUCUUAAUAGUUAGGGGAAAAAUACCGAAAAACAAGUACAAUAGGCGACCAGCUUGAAAUCGCUGAACAAAGUGUUGGUCCGCAUUGGGAACAACACAAUUGAGACGCGAUGAAUGGUCAUUAGCAAGUUCAGAAAUAAAGGGGUCAAAUAGGAGAAGGUGGUGAUCAGAGACACUUGUUUUCCGAUUAUUUGACGAUAUUCUAAAAAAGACGAUUCUCACUGACGAUUCUCACAUAAAAGUAUUGAGUUUUACUCACUCUCAUACCCAUCAAUUGGAUUAAUCAAAUUGGCGAUCGGCCACGCGUCAACCAUGAAAAAAUCGGCACAUUUGCCGAGAAUCCCGAAAAAUGUCAUGAAAACAAUGUAAACGAACGGUGUGGACGCGUUUUUAUGUAUCGGCUUUGAGAAUUUUUGCUGCCAAACGGCAGAAAGCAGAACAAUGUCGAAAAUCAGGCAGAAUAGGGUUAGACUUGUGAAAAUUAUUUGGGAAAUUGGCAAAAGCAUACUCAUCUUCUUUUGUGUUGAGAGAAAAUUGACAAAACGUACACAAAGCACUAGGUAAUCAUGGCCAAACGAUAAUUUUUCUGUUUUCGGAAAAAGACCUGGAAAAAAUUGAUUUAUUAUGAGGUUUCUAGUGAAAAGUGAAUAGCGAAAAUUUACGAGCACCGAUCAGAAUCAAAUGUUUGCAGGGAUUCAAAGCGACGACGCGUGAGGCACAAAAAAAGUCGAUCGGAACGAUGCUCAAAGCGGAGCAGUCGAAAAAUUUGACACCCGAGGAGAUUAAGGUACUGUAGAUUUUUGAGAAAAAUAUUUUUUUUUAACUCUGUUUUCGGGAAUUUUCGCGAUAGACGUAUUGUAGGCAAUUUUUCUUCGUUCAUAAUAGGUCCACGUUCUCAAUUGAUUUACCACGAUAUCACUUGUGGUACGCAUAAGAUGGCCUAUCAUAGGCCCAUUUACCCUGAAAAAUGCUCGAGGUAGAGGGGUGGGUGAGCGCCCCGAAAUCUCUGAAUAGACAGACCAUCACCUGUAAUCUGUGUUAAACUUUUUUUGUUGCAGAUCCGCGAUUGGACACAAGGAAAAGAGCGCAAUAUUCGUGCUCUUUUGGGCUCGCUGCACAAUGUGCUCUGGGAAGGAGCCGAUCGAUGGAAUCAGCCGACGAUGGCCGAUUUGCUCACUCCUGAUCAGGUACAACUUAUUUUCUCCACAAAUGUUUAGAGAAUGUUGUAUGUUUCAAAUUUCAGAUCAAAAAACACUAUCGCAAGGCGUGUCUCGUCGUUCAUCCGGACAAAUUGACGGGAUCUCCGCAAUUGGAGCUCGCGAAAAUGAUUUUCACCGAGCUGAACGACGCCUACAGCAAAUACACAAAUGAUCCGAGUUCCAUGUGA